GUGCAUCCUCCAAUAUCAAGCAGCCGCCUCUCAGAUACCCUUUCCUCUUUAGCUUCUCUAUCUCCCUUCAACUUGCAACGCCCCGAAACUUGAAUUAUUCGUAGUUUUGAUUCAUUAUCUCUUUUGAUCCUCGCUCAACUAACCUCUUCUUUAUUCUCCUUUUAAAGAAACCAAUAAACAAGUGAAUUUUCACUGUUUUCUCCUGUUUAUCAUAUUUUUACAUUCACAUUUCCAAGUGUUACAAUUUCUUGGCUAUAAAAUAUCAGUUGGGAGAUUCUCACCCAUCUGGGUUUUGCUUCUUUCAAUAUCAGGUCUUAUUCCUAGGUGUGAAAAUCAGAUUUCUUUUUCUCUUUUCAAGAUUCCCUUGGAUUCGUAAAAGGUGGGUCUUUAUUAGAUUCUAAGUUUUAUGCUGCUAAGAAGAGAAGAAAAAGAGCAUAAAAAAAUUUUCUGAAAACCUCACUCUUUGCAUAUACUUUCUGUUUCUCUUCCUCUGUACUCCAAUAUGAACCUGUAAGUACUCACAGGCAUGGAAACUCCAUAUCCAUCUUUGUACAUGUCCAAUUCCAAUUGGUUUAGCCAAAGCACAGAGUGGACUAGAGAGGAGAACAAAGAAUUUGAGAGGGCUUUGGCAAUAUAUGAUGAGCAUGAGCCUGAUAGAUGGACAAAAGUGGCGGCUAUGAUCCCAGGGAAGACAGUUGUUGAUGUGAUCAAGCAAUACAGGGAGCUAGAAGAGGAUGUUUGUAACAUAGAAGCAGGGAAGGUGGCUAUUCCUGGUUACCUUAGCUCACCUUUCACUUUGGAUUGGAUUGAAAAUCGCAAUUUUGAUGCAUAUAGAAAGAAGCCUUUGGCUACUAAAAAUGGUGAUCAGGAGAGGAAGAAAGGUGUGCCAUGGACAGAAGAUGAGCACAGGCGGUUUCUUUUGGGGCUUCUAAAGCAUGGGAAAGGGGAUUGGAGGAAUAUUUCCAGGAAUUUCGUAGUUUCUAAGACUCCAACUCAAGUUGCAAGCCAUGCACAGAAGUAUUUUAUAAGGCAGCAACUUUCUGGAGCUAAAGACAAGAGAAGACCAAGCAUCCAUGACAUCACAACCGUCAAUCUCACUAAUACUACUCCAGCAGACAGUAAUAAACCUCCCUCACCAGACCAGUCUAAUACCCUUCUGUCACAAAACCCCAUUGGUAUGCAGGAAAUGUUAAUUGAUUGGAGCCAGUCAAAGCAUGGAUCAAUUAUGGUGUUUGAUGCAACUCUUGGCAACUUGUUUGUGUCAUCUCCCAGUGAUAUUGCUUCCAAUGGCCUUAAACUUCAGGAGCAAAAUCGGUAUGCUGGUGCCCAUAUCAACCCACAUAACUUGGUUUUCCAGAGACAUCAAAUUCAUGGAUGAUGAGGCUUGUCCUUGUGUUCGAAGGAAUCUGAAUGUUAGUGCUUUUGCCGUAGUUCUGUAUUUUGUUAAAUGGGUUGUGGAAGUCAUGGUUUCUGAACAUAACAGGGAUUUAAAUCAUGAGACGUCUCAAAUUUGUAUGCCCAGAUGAAGAAAUUGAACUGUAAGACUGUUGUAUGAGCAAGAAAUCCCAGUCUAGAGUUGUUGGCUAUAAUAAAAUCUGCAUCAAGAAA